GCAUAAGAAGUUCUACUGCCAAGCCUUAGGUUUCUCUUUCCUGAGAGAAACUCCCCUCCCUCUAACCCAACACUCACACACAUGCAGUCAGCUCCUGCCAGCCAAAGAGAACAGACCACAAAGCCGGAGCCUGGGACUAACUACUGCUUCUGUUCGGUGGGUGUCUGGCGAGGGAGAAAACAUGGCACUAGAUCUUCUGAGAUGCUUUCCUCUCUUCCUUUCCCUGCUGGGAUUAUGGGGGCCAGUGCGUCCACUUUGUGCUUGGCCUACCUAUCUCACCAGGGCUCACUGGUUUGAAAUUCAGCAUAUACAGCCAAGCCCUCUCCCAUGCACCAAGGGAAUGAGUGGUGUCAAUAAUUAUACCCGGUAUUGUAAGCCUGAAAACACUUUUCUGCACGACUCCUUCCAGAACGUGGCUGCCACAUGUGAGUUGCCCAACAUUACCUGCAAGAAUGGUUGGAAAAACUGCCACCAGAGCCCAAAGCCUGUCAACAUGACGCAGUGCAGCCUCACCGGGGGGAAGUAUCCUAACUGCCGCUACAGAGAAGUUGCCCAACACAAAUUCUUCAUCAUUGCCUGUAACCCUCCUCAGAAGAGCGACCCUCCCUAUCAGUUGGUUCCUGUACACUUAGAUAAGGUUGUUUGACUUUCCCUCACACUUGGCACACGUUCACUCUUCUGGUUUUUCUUUUCUUGGUUUCCUUGGUCCCCAUAGAAGAAAGAAGAUAUUGGGGGUUAUUGGAAUGUUUACAAUAGCCUAGAAUUGGAACUAAAAGAAAUAGGAUUCUUUUCUGCUUUGAACUCUGUGUGCUGUGAAGGAAGACAAUAGAGAAGAGGUUGGCGAAAAGCCAGGUCUCCAUUUUUAACCUGGCAACUUCUGCCCAGCCUUGUCACAUAUUGUAUUCACAGCAAUAAAACUGUUCUCUGUUGCAUU